AUGGCUGACCCAAGCAGCACGUGCGCGCCUCCUUCUUCUUCUUCCACGUCGCCGCGGCUCAGCGCCGGCGUCGUCAACUUCUUGGCGCGCCGUGCCAUGAACACGCACCACCGAGCAGCAGCAGCAGCAGCAUUUCCCCUCCACUCGCCGGGCUCCUCCACCGGCUCCCCCGACUCCGUGCCGUGGAGCAGCUGCCACCACCACCACGCCCCGCCCACGCCGCCCCUGCCGCCGUUCGACACCGACGAGAAGCUCCUGCUCAACACGCUCUCCCAGCACGAGGCAGCGGCGGCGCCGCUGAAGCAAGAGGCAACCGACGCCGAGGUGGCGCCCGGCGUGGGCGGCGGGCGCGCGUUCCGCGGCGUGCGGAAGCGGCCUUGGGGCAAGUACGCGGCGGAGAUCCGGGACUCGACGCGGAAUGGCGUCAGGGUUUGGCUGGGCACGUUCGAGAGCCCGGAGGCGGCGGCGCUGGCCUACGACCAGGCGGCCUUCGCCAUGCGCGGCUGCGCCGCCGUCCUCAACUUCCCCGCCGACCAGGUCCGCCGCUCGCUCGAGGGCGCGGGGGAAGACGUGCGCGGCCGCGCCCACGGGGUGUCGCCCGUGCUGGCGCUCAAGCGGCGGCACUCCAUGCGGAGCCGAAAGGCCACGGCGUCGUCGCCGUGCCGCAAGGCCGCCCGUGGCCGGCCGGAGGGCGUGGUGAUGGAGCUGGAGGACCUUGGCGCGGAGUACCUCGAGGAACUGCUCGGCGCCGCCGACGACAUGACGGCCUCGGCCUACGACUCAUGGUGCUCGGGCCAUCAUUCCAUCUGA